AUGGAUUGCGGUGGAGGCUCCAAAUUGACUGGAAUUAGGCAAAUUGUGAGACUAAAGGAAAUGCUCCAGAAAUGGCAAAGUGUCACUCUAGGCUCAAAAGCUUCCAACCACAAUUCAAGUAGUUCUAAUCACGCUAUUCAUGGUGGGGGCGUAUCGCCAAUAAUUAACAAAAGGAUAGCGAAUGUUAUGAAUUGUGACUCAGAUGAAGAUGCUUGCCAAAGUCCUGAACCACUUCCACCACCUGAUGUUCCAAAAGGUUACUUGGCAGUGUAUGUUGGACCAGAGCUUAGGAGGUUCAUCAUUCCCACCAGCUACCUUAGCCACUCUCUAUUCAAAGUUUUGCUGGAAAAGGCUGCAGAUGAAUUUGGGUUUGAUCAGAGUGGCGGACUCACCAUACCAUGUGAGAUUGAGACCUUCAAAUACCUCCUCAAGUGCAUGGAGAAUGAGCAGAAAGAGCACCUUGAUGACAGCGCCCCUGGAAGCUCGGGAACUGUGGAAGAGUAA